AUGUCGUUCCUCUCGCGAGUCUUCCGAAGCAAGGACUCCAAUGCAACAAAGAAACAUUCAAAGCCCACCGCCGCCGUAGAUUUGGGUCCUGCAAAGCCCAAAUGGACCGAUGCGUGGCUACGGACAGAUGUCGCGCCAGAGGAGGUGCAAGACCUCGUACGAGGUUGCGUGCAUGAACUAAAGGCCCGAGCCCUCAACACCCCGUUCCUCCUCCUACCAUUCCGUCCCAGCUCCGAUCCGAGUGCCGCUCGCACGUUCAUUCGCAAUUACUUCAACCAGUCAUUUGAGAAGGGCUCGCCUGUUCGCGGUGAUGAUUUGGCGCAGGAGCUCCGGCUCACGGAGCCGAUGGUUCUGUGCAGUGUGGUGAAAUGGUGUUGGAGCAGACUCCCCGGUGGAGUUGUCACUUGGGAGGCAUAUGAACUGUUCAAGGUUGGCGAACAAGAUUCGGAUAUGGCCCGCGAUGCUUUCUCGACUUUCAUCCCUAUCAGUGUUGACUCUGAUGCUCGCACUAAGAUCAUCUUCGACUUCUUCGACCUUUUGGCUGCCAUUGCCGCUCAUGGAAAGUCCAAUGGCUUGGGAGGUCGCAAGCUUUCUCGAUACGCUGGAUGGUGGGCGUUUGAGCAUGUCGACACAGGCAAUGGAUUCGAGGCUGCCUACAAGAACUGGGCUGCUGCUGCCGAUGCUACGAGUCACUUGUUCUUUGCUUACCUCCGUUCGCUCUCCCCCGACGUGCCUCGCGGCGUGACCGGCAUCUCAUCGCUUCCCAUCUCUCUCCAAUCCCUCGUCGAAGCUACCGAAUACCCUCCAGAGACACCUUCCUUGUUGCAGGUUACAACCACAAAGGUGGUGAUGAUUGUUGAGAAUGUUUCGCCAACGCCAUUCUCUCUGUUGCGACGCGCAAAGAACUUUGAAUACCGCGAUGAUGACUGGCACCUACAGGAAUUUGCAAACUAUGAAGACCCUAUCCGCGCUUUGACCGACGAAUGUCUCCGUGUCCUGAAGUGUAUCUCGUCUGCAAACGAAUCUAGCGUCUCCAGCUCAAAACAGUCGACCAGCUUGCGGGAUGCAUCUUGGUCUCGUUUUGAGGAUAUUGGAUUUGGUGGAUCGAUUGAGUCUGACGGAGACGAGGAAGAGACCAAGGAGAACCGCGCACCCGCUACUGCCAAGAGUGCAGCUACCUCAAUGAACACCGUUCCCAAGUCUGGAGGAGGUGAUCUUGGCCGUCCUACCACUCCUUCAUGGGCAGACUUUAUGUCCUCUGGAUUUGCGGACGAGAAUGGCAACCUUAAGAACAACGUAGGCCCUCUGCUCUUACCUCCUGAUAAGGUGCUGCCUCCACUUGCGGCCGUUCGCGGCCAGAGCUCCCAGUCCCACAAGCGCAGCUUGGAGAUCGAGCCCGAUCUUGAGCCCGCUGAAUUGGCUAGUAUCAAUACCUUGGACCUAGACGACUCUUUCUGGUGGGUGUGGAUCAGCAGUCUAUCAGGCGAUGAGCCCUCAGCCCGCAAGGCAGUAUUCGGCCGAUGUGCCCUUCUCGAGACCGUUAUUCGCGACACCAAAUGGUUGAUUCUAGAGGAACAGGUGAAGGGUGCUGCCCCUGAGCCCGAGGCUGGUGCGCAAAUUGUCGAAAAGAAGCGAUUCUUCAGCUUCGGAAGCCGCAAGGGAAAGCUCAACCGCCGCAAGUCAUCCGCCAAGAAGAUUUCUCCUCUUGAGGACUCUUACAAGCGAUCCAACAACCAAGCCCCCCAGAGCAAGACCAGUAUUGGUCCUGAUCAGCACAAGCGCAUUCAGGCAGCCGCGGCUGCUCUGCAAAAGAAGCACCGCGAGCAAGAAGCAGAGGCGAACCAGAACCCUGGCAACGCAGUUAACAACCGUUAUUCGACUAAGACUAACUCGGUUAUGACACUCCAGCCGGGCAUCGUGAACGAGGCUUCCCAGGCCAUGAAGUGGACCAGCAACUAUGAUAAGGGUGCCUUUAGAGCGGCAUACUUGAGUAACACCCACGCUGGUACCGGCGCUCAGGACGAAUUUGAGCCUCCCACUGAGCCGUCUACCCCUGAAGUUCCUGCUGAGAAGCCUAGCACUCCUGCUCCUGCUCCUGCAGAGAGUCCUAUCAAUGAUGCUCCAGCACCACCCCCCAAAGACACAACGGCACCCGUUGCCACACCCCUUCCUCCAUCCCCUGAGCCAGCCAAAAAAACCGUCAAGGUCACCAGCCCCGAGGAGGAAAAGGCCGAUGCCAAGCCUGCUAUUGUUGAAAAGCCCAUUGAAUCCAAGGAGUCGUCGGAUGAUUCAAGCAAGAAAUUGACGAAGAAGAAGACGGGCAACUCUGGCUUCAAGAGCAUGUUCAGUGCUAAGAAGAAGGCCGAACAGCCUCCUAUGAAGGACACUGGCGCCACUUCAGCCGUAGCAGCAGCCCGUGCAGCCCUCGAAGCCAAGACUAAGGCGGCCCAGGAAACCCCUGUGGUGAAGAAGAAGCCUCUUCCCAAGGAAGCUGCCGUCGUGAUUGAGCCUGUGGCCACCGAGACCAAGCCGUCAACUCUCCAGCGUGCCGAAGAACCCAAGGCAGAGUCUGUGGUUGAGCCCCCGACUCCCACCCGACCCUCCAUUUCCCAGGAAGGGAACGGUGCGCCGCCAAAGACUAGACGUGCUGUUGAAUAUGAUGCACUGUCCCGCGUUGGCACUCACGAACGCGCUGCCGCCGAUCAGGAGUUCUCCAAGUUCGACCAGGGCCCUCUUCUUGAUCAGCCUGCUUUUGUUCCGGAGUCACCCGUGUCACCUAUGAGUGCCACUCCAGCAGAAGCGAAGGCUGAGCUUCCUCAAGCCCCGUCCAACGGCCAUGCCACCAGACCCGAAACUAGUACCUCGUCUGAAGCCGCCCACCCCGAACAGGACCGAUGGAGGUCUAUCCGUGAGGCUGCCGCCCAGCGGGCUGCCGCUGCACAGGAAGAGCAGGAGCAGGAGCAACAGACCGAAACUACGACCCGGACUAGCCAGUCAGAGCGUACCGACGAGGGAGAUACUAGCGGCGAAGAAACUAUCGAAUCUCGUGUCGCCCGUAUCAAGGCCCGGGUGGCUGAGUUGACUGGAGGCGGCCUGGAGGCCGAGCAGCAGCGCUCUUAG